AUGGCAUACUGUCGAGACCGAUUUGGCAACCUGUACCGAUGCCGUUCAUCAUGGUCUAACUGGGGCAGAUGGGUCCUACUCGGUAUUAUUAUUUUCGUGGGAGUAGUCGCAUUCUUCCUCUUCGCAUGUGCCUCUGCUCGCAAACGUCGUCGACACGGGCAGAAACCCAUGUACGGCACUGGAUGGAUCGCUCCGAAUACAGGUGCGCAGUGGCAACAGCCACAGCAGUAUCCGAAUCAAGCGCCCCCUGCACCUCCAGGAUAUCAACCGCAGCAACCGCCACCACAGUCGUACCCGGCCAAUUACGGGCAGAAUCAGGGAUAUUUUGGACAGAAUCAAGGAUAUAAUCAAGGGUAUCCAGGUCCCCAGGAGUAUGGAUUGCAACAGCCACCGAAUGCGUACGCCCGGGAGGGAGUGUAUUCUCCGCCGGCGGGACCGCCACCAGGGAAUUAUAAGUAG